GCAGGCGGAUCCGGCGCUGGCUAGGAGUUCACUGGAAUCCAAUGGUACGCAGCUCGAAUUCGUCACAGCCUGGAUGAGGUGCUUGAUUCCGAGCUUGAGCCUCUUGGCUUGAGUGAGCUAUUCUUCGGCGAAACUUUCUUUGGGACGUUUGUAGAGCACUAGAACAGGAAAUGCAAGAGGGAGAGGGGAGUGUUGGGUUGAUUUUAUGGCUGUGAGCGUGACCGUGGGUUUUGGAAUUGGUUCUUCCAACAAGUUCCCAUCUAGAAGUUCAUGUACGACCAGUCCAGUAACAGGGAUUCCUGCGUCUCUAUUUGGUGGGUCACUGAAAGGCAAGGAUGCUUUUUCUCUUGGAAGGAAGAAGAAGAGCUUGAGGCUUCCAAGGCAGACGAUAAGUUCUGUGCUUUUCAACGAGAAACACACCAGAAGCAAUGAAGAUGCGGUCACCUGUGGAAUUCACCAAGUUUUGGAAGAACCAUGGGAGAGAAUGGUUGGUUUUAACUCCAAAGACCAACGGCAGAAGCUGGUAUCCACACCACAGGCCGUGCUACAAGCUCAAGCGUUUAGCUCGGCAAGGCUUAAGAAUACUUCAAAUGAUCAAAGACGAACAAAGGUGAAUUGUGUCUCUCAGCCCCGAGAUACUCCACCCGCGAGAGAUACUGGAAUCGCCAGUGAAAAGGACUGGGGCAUCAAGAUAAGCAGUGAGGUUUCCAAUGAUUCCGGAACAAAUGAAGAUGGAAGUACAUGGUUCCGAGAGUGUGGAGAAGAUCUUGGUGAAAAUGGCUAUCGGUGUCGCUAUACGGUUAUGGGAGGACGAAGCAGCGAUGGCUCCACGGAAUGGAAGGAAACAUGGUGGGAAAAAUGCGACUGGACGGGCUAUAAGGAACUUGGUGCUGAAAAGUCCGGUAAAAAUGCUGGAGGCGAUGCCUGGUGGGAAACCUGGCAGGAAAUUUUGCGUCAAGAUGAAUUGAGUAACCUGGCUCGAAUCGAAAGGACGGCGCAGAAACAAGCGAAGCAAGGGAAUGGGGAGGCCGGAUGGUACGAGAAAUGGUGGGAAAAGUAUAAUGCCAAGGGCUGGACAGAGAAAGGUGCUCACAAGUAUGGAAGGCUCAAUGAGCAGUCCUGGUGGGAGAAGUGGGGCGAGCAAUAUGAUGGACGAGGAGCAGUGCUAAAAUGGACUGAUAAGUGGGCCGAGAAUGCAACCGGGGAGAAAUGGGGUGAUAAGUGGGAAGAGAAGUUCCAAAAUGGUGCGGGGACUCGGCAGGGUGAGACAUGGCAUUCAGCUAAUGCUGAAAGCUGGUCGAGGACUUGGGGUGAAGAGCACUUCGGCGACGGGAAAGUCCACAAAUACGGGAAGAGCACAAGUGGCGAAAACUGGGAUAGUGUUGUCACGGAGACCACUGUUUACAAUGCCGAGCCACAUUAUGGCUGGGUGGAUGCUAUCGGACAAUCGACUCAGCUCUUGAGCAUUGAGCCGCGACCGAGGCCUCCUGGAGUGUACCCGGAUCUUCCAAAACCAAAACAGCCAGACCAAUAACACAGUUUUCAAAGCCAUUCAUCUUGCAGAACAAGGACAAAUUUUUGGCUGCUUCGCUUGAGCUUUCUAGAUUUUUAGUCGCAAGGUAUACUUUAUCAAUGUGUUUCAUUUGAAGCGCCACCAACCAGCCGAGUCACUUCUAAAUUCAGCUGGAAACAAUUAGUCAGAGCUACGCUUGGCAUAUUUAAAUUUUAAUCAAUGGUUAAUAUUAGCCAUUUAAGUA